UGCUGAGAUGCUUCAAAGCCUUAUUAAGAAUGUUUGGAUCCCCAUGAAGCCCUACUAUACACAAGUUUAUCAGGAUACUUGGGUAGGAAUGGGGAUGAUGGCCUUCAUCGUUUAUAAAAUCAGGAGUGCUGAUAAAAGAAGUAAAGCCUUGAAAGCUUCCAGUCCUGCGCCUGCUCAUGGUCAUCAGUAACCAGCUCUUCCUGGAUGGGAUGUUGGUCUGGCUGUGUUGUGGGAACAUGGGA